AAGGGAUCAGACUAAGCUUGCUCCAUACAUAUAAUUAUAAACACUAGCUAGCCUACAAGAAACAAUGGAGUACGUUGAAAUUUGUAUAUCCCUCCUUUCCCUUGUUCUUUUUUCCUACUUAUUUCGUAGUAAAAAUGGGCUUCCUACGAACUGGCCUCUUUUAGGUAUGCUUCCUGCACUACUAAAAAAUGUCCAUAGAAUUCAUGAUUACUUCAUUCAAGUUAUGGAAAUAUCUGAUUUAACCUUCCUUUUUAAGGGUCCUUGGUUCACCAACAUGUACUUGUUGGCUACCGUUGAUCCCGCCAACGUUCACCAUGUGAUGAGCAAGAACUUUGUGAAUUAUCCAAAGGGAUCUAAGUUGAAUGAAAUUCUCGAUGUACUAGGAGAUGGAAUCUUUAAUACAGAUUAUCAAGUGUGGCAAUACCAUCGAAAAAUGGCUCAAUCCUUUCUUGGUCAUCCAAAAUUUCAUUCCUUUUUAGUUAAUAAAACUUGGGAUAAGGUUCAGAAUGGACUUAUCCCUGUCCUUGAUCAUGUCUCACAGAAUUCUAUCGAUGUAGACUUGCAAGAUUUGUUUGCAAGAUUCACGUUUGAUACAAUAUGUACCAUUGUUAUGGACUAUGAUCCGAGAUCUCUAUCAGUCGAUUUUCCAUGCCUUCCAUCGUCUAAGGCCUUGGAUGACGUCGAAGAAGUGAUCUUCUAUCGCCAUGUAGUCCCAUCUUGUGUUUGGAAAUUCCAAAGGUGGUUAGAUAUAGGACAAGAGAAAAAGUAUAGAAAAGCUUGGAAAACUCUUGAUAAUUUCAUCUACAAAUGCAUAUCCAUGAAGAGAGAACAAUCAUCUAAUAAGCUUAAGCAAAAGGAAGACGACGACGAUAAGGUGAGUGCUGAUCUACUAACUCUAUAUAUGAUACAAGAUGAAAAUCACAACACUCCAUCUGGUAAUCAAGGUGAUAAGUUUUUAAGGGAUACAAUUCUAAAUUUUUUUGUAGCUGGUCGAGAUACAACUAGUGCUACGUUGUCUUGGUUUUUUUACCUACUCUCUAAAAACCCACGUGUCAUUUCUAUGAUUAAAAAAGAACUAGAAAAUAUAACAAUUAAUAGGACAAACUUCAAAGAAGUCAGUAGCAAGUUAGUGUAUCUUCAUGGUGCUUUGUGUGAAGCUUUAAGAUUAUACCCUCCUGUUGUAUUUGAGGCCAAGUCUCCUGUAGAGUCAGAUAUGUUACCAAGCGGCCAUCAUGUGAACCCGAAUAUGCAAAUUAUAUUGGAUAUGUACGCGAUGGGAAGAAUGAAAUCUAUAUGGGGAAAUGAUUGUGAUGAGUUUAAGCCAGAGAGAUGGAUAUCGGAACAAGGAAAGAUUAGGCAUGAACCAUCAUACAAGUUUAUAGCCUUCAAUGCUGGCCCAAGAACUUGCUUAGGGAAAGACAUGGCUUUCACGCAAAUGAAGAUUAUUGCAACAACCAUAAUUCAAAAUUAUGUCAUACAAGUAGUGGAAGAACAUCCUGUUAUUCCUAAUAUUUCUAUAAUCCUUCACAUGAAGUAUGGGUUUAAAGUUAGAAUACGACGUUCUCGAUGAUUAGUGCCCCGAUGGAAUCAUAGUCGAUCUCAUAGAUAAUCAUUGAAUAUUUAUGUUGUUUAUUUAUUUUGUGAAAUUGUGGUUGUUCUUGAAUAAAGCCAAGGUACGUAAUUCAACAAGCUACGUAGUUGCAUUAUUCCACCCAUCUUUGUUUAUUAUAUUAAAUACCCACUUGUUGUAUUUAAAUAGAGAGAUAUGUAAUAUAAUUUUUCGCCAACCACCUUAUAUAAACGUUAAUUUGUAUGA